AUGCAACGAUACCGCGAGUGCCAUGAUUUCUACCAUGCUGUGACCGACCUUCCUAUCGUGGUUGAGGGAGAGCUGGCGCUGAAGAUAUUCGAGUUCAUGAACACGGGUCUUCCGAUGACGGGCCUGGCUGCUGCUGCUGUGGUGCGGUUGAAGGGAGCCGAGAGGGAGAGGUUCUGGGAUAUUCAUCUGCCGUGGGCUGUGAGGAGCGGAGCAAAGAGUAAGGAGCUUAUAUGCGUUUAUUGGGAGGAGAUGCUGGAGCGGGAUGUGGGUGAGAUACGGGCCGAGUUGGGCAUAGAGGUGCCGCCUGAUCUGAGGGAGAUAAGGCGGCAGCAGAGAAAGCGGGAUAAAGAGAAGAAGAAGAAGGAGCAGGCUGUACAAUAG